GCCCUUAAGGAUGCAGUGAUCAGGGAAUAGGGCUCUCCCUGCGGGAGGGGCACUGCCUGCGCUUCCGAACUCUGUGCAGAGGAAAAAAAAAAAAAAAAAAAAAAAAAAAGAAAGAAACAACAAAACCCGAAAAACGUAACAAAACAAAAUCCCAGAAUGAUGUUGUCCGAGCAAGCCCAAAAGUGGUUUCCAACCCACGUGCAGGUCACAGUGCUCCAAGCUAAAGAUCUGAAGCCAAAAGGCAAAAGUGGCACCAAUGACACCUACACCAUAAUUCAGUUGGGCAAAGAAAAGUACUCUACAUCUGUAGCAGAGAAAACACUGGAGCCUGUCUGGAAGGAGGAGGCCUCCUUUGAGCUGCCUGGGUUGCUCAUGCAGGGCAAUCCAGAGAAAUACAUUCUUUUUCUUAUAGUGAUGCACAGGUCCCUAGUGGGACUGGAUAAGUUUUUAGGGCAGGUGGCAAUCAAUCUCAAUGACAUCUUUGAGGACAAACAAAGGAGGAAAACAGAGUGGUUUAGAUUAGAAUCCAAACAAGGAAAGAGAAUCAAAAACAGGGGUGAGAUAAAGGUCAAUAUUCAGUUUAUGAGAAACAAUAUGACAGCAAGUAUGUUUGACUUGUCAAUGAAGGAUAAGACAAGAUCGCCUUUUGCAAAAUUAAAAGAUAAGAUGAAAGGGAGAAAAAAUGACGGGACAUUUUCUGAUACAUCUUCUGCAAUCAUUCCAAGCACGCACAUGCCCGAUGCCAAUACUGAAUUUUCAAGCAGUGAAAUACAGAUGAAAUCCAAACCAAAAAAGCCUUUUCUUUUGGGUCCUCAGCGGCUCUCUUCUGCCCAUUCAAUGUCUGAUUUAACUGGGUCCCACUUACCUUCUGAAAAACUGAAGUCCAGUGCUGUAGGUCCAACACAUCUUCUCAGUCGCCAGAUAGAUUCCUUUGGAAUUGUUCCAGAAAGUGGAAGUCUCAAAUCUCCACACAGAAGAACACUAAGCUUUGAUACUUCUAAAUUGAACCAACCUGGCAGCAUUGUGGAUGAAGGCGAACCCUCUUUUGGAAGACAGAGUGACCCAUUUACAAAUGUGACUGCUUCAUUACCCCAAAAAUUUGCAACACUGCCAAGGAAGAAGAAUCCAUUUGAAGAAAGCAGUGAGUCAUGGGACAGCAGCAUGAAUUUAUUUUCAAAACCAGUUGAAGUAAGGAAAGAAAAUAAGAGAGAGAAAAGAGAGAAAGUGAGCCUCUUUGAAAGAGUGACCGGGAAGAAAGAUAGCAGACGAUCUGAGAAGCUUAACAAUGGGGGAUCUGAUAGCCCCUGUGACUUGAAAUCACCUAGUGCGUUUAAUGAAAAUCGGCAGGACUAUUUUGAUUAUGAGUCAACCAAUCCGUUUACAGCAAAAUUCAGGGCUUCAACUAUAAUGUCAUCUUCAAGUCCAUGCUGGCCUCAAGCACCUCUUCAUUGUUGGAAUUACAGUUUUCAUGUGAAUCCAACAAGCAGUGAAGACCUCAGGAAAGUCCCGGACAACAAUCCUUUCGAUGCCACGGCUGGGUACCGCAGUCUGACCUAUGAAGAGGUGCUGCAGGAGCUGGUGAAGCACAAAGAACUUCUUCGGAGGAAGGACACCCACAUCCGGGAACUAGAGGACUACAUUGACAACCUCCUUGUCAGGGUGAUGGAGGAGACACCCAGCAUCCUGCGAGUGCCCUACGAGCCAUCCAGGAAAGCUGGCAAGUUCACCAAUAGCUAGUGGAGACAGCGGGACUGUAUUCCUAGUUGAGAAGAGAGUGAGAGGGGAUGAGGAGGAAGGGAGGAGUGUGUUACUGGAGGAGACCACGCUGUCAGGUUUCACCUCCUCCCCUCCAUCAUUAGGAAAGGUGUUGUUGGUCCUAUACAUAUUCACAGGUAUUAUCUAGAGUGACCUUUGUAGUGAGUGAAUCACUCUAGACUCUGAACGGGCCAUGUCCUGAUGAGUGAAGAGUUCUGUGGCAUCACUUGGGUGCUUGUUCUGGACCCUUGUCUGCCAUAGGCCUGGAAAUAUCUUCAACAUCCCAUGAGUUAUUCCUCAGGAAUAGAUUCCAUAAAGCAGAAUUGAUACUAUUGUUGGAUUCUUAGAAGUCAGUCCAGACACAUUUAGCAUCAGGAACACUACUCAUUAUAAAACACUACUAAAAAAAAAAGCCAGGUUCCUCAUAUAUCUAUGACUAUGUAUGUUUGAGUGUCUCUGUGUAUAAAGUACAUGCAUAUACCUCAUAUACACAUGUGUUUUUAAGACAUUUAAAAACAAGUGGUUGCCUCUAAGGUUAAGACACCAAUCUUAUAGUUUAAUAUGCGCUUUUGCAGUAUACACCCAGGACUGCUUGUCACCAGGACCACCAGUGGCUAAGCUGCUUCAAUCCACUUCUGAUUUUUUGAACCCUGAUUUUGAGGGGAUUCACUACAUCCACCUCCAGCCUCCAACAUCACCCCUCCCCAAAAGUCCUGUGCCCCAAAAUGUGAUGAUCUCAAGUUUUUUCAAGGAAUGACAAAAUUUAGGGUUCUUUAUUCUUUCUGCAGAAGCAUAGAUUCCUUCAACCAGUGCUCUGGUGUUUGAGUUUAUGGGAAGUAUAAGCAGGAGAUAGGCUAGGACAGUUUUUCUACUGUAGAUCAUGAACAAAGACAACAAAGUUAUACUGAAAAUGAGCUGGGGAUGGGGGCUGGUCGUCCGUUGCCUGAUAACCCAAGGCAACGGCAAGUUCUAGGAAUGAAGGGCUUGGUUUCAAUUUCAUUAGUAGUAGAACAGAUGGUUGCCUUUGAGCCCUGAAUCAGAAACUCACUGGCAGUGAGUGUUGAGAACAGCCCUUCACCAGCGUCACAACACGGAGCACCCCACGUCCACCCUUAGGAACUGUUUUGUCACCCAAUUACGGGCUCUUCAUUUAAGCCCGCCUCCAUAGAAUGGUGGUCCCUCUGUGGAUCAGCUGGAAGUAUUUGUAGAAAGUUAUCCUGAAAUUUAAAAUGAAAAGCAAUGAGAAAAGAAUAUUGCUGAUCUUCUGCUGGUAUUUUAACCUUUCAGAUCUAAACACUCUGAAACAGAUUGACUUUUUAAAUAGAGAAUGAAAAGACUGCCUGCAUACAGAGACUGAUACUGAGGAUAUUCUCGAGCCCUGUAGUGAAUUGCAUUUUUCUGAUAUUUAUCUCUAGUAAGACUUCACUGAAAGUUAAAUGAAAGCAGAGGUUAUAGUUUUGCUGAUUUUCAUAUUUUUUAGUCACAAAAUCCCUUGUUACCUGUAUUUUCUGAGUUUCUGUGGUUUUCUAGAAAACAUGGGUUUUGAAGUGAAUUUUUUCCCAAAUACAAACUUAGAUACUUUUCUAAAAUUAAAAUAGAGAAGGAAAAAUGGCCUUUAAAAUCAAUUUUCCUUCUACUUAUAAUUAAAGUGAUUCUGUAAUAAACUUCAAAGUCUAGUGUAGAUUUGAUUUUCCCAUGUGAGAUCUUGGUAAAUAUUAUUUUUUAAAUGGUGCCAUUUAAAAAUUAACAUUUAUUAGAUGUUACCAAAUUCUUAAAAUUCUUAGCAUAUUUUCAUCAUGGCAUUGUUGAGACUCUUUAAAGAACCCAGACCUGUGUUUUCAGUGUGUGACGGAUGUCUGCAGGUGCAGUGACAGGCGUGAGCCAGGUACGUCCUUUCUAGAGUGACCUUGAGCUGUCUGCUGACUCUAUCCUGGGAGUAAGUCUUCCAUAAGUCUCAUCUGAAAAGCAUGGUUCCAAUGCCUUUCCUCCUUUUAUGAGGACUAAGUUAUAUGGUAGUUUUUGCCUCCAUAAGAAUCCAUGUGUGUGUACUCAUCUGCCCUUAGUGACUGGCCAGGCUGAACUGAUCUUUGCCUCUUCAGAAUCUGAAAUGAAGCUUUGUCCAGUGGCAGUCUUGUAGGCAGUGAGGUUUAUCUGAGGAAUGAUUAUUGUUCCUAAAUUAAAAACAAAAGUCGAAGACAAAUAAAAAGUAGCCAUUUACACUCUGUAAACUGUUGUGUUCACUCAUGAACUUAAUGCUUUCAUCAUCAGACAACACAAUAAACCUAGAAGUGAACAAGUGAACACAGCGUGUGUGGUGCCUAAGUGUAAGUGGGAGCCGGGCACUGAGGAAAGAGGGUAUGGAAGGUGAUUGGUUCAUUUUCCAAGUGUGACACAGAAUAUUCUAGUGGUUUACCUUUUUAUUAACUUAGAAGUGGAAAUAAAAUGUAUGCUUCAGUAAACAGUGCAUGCACAAUAGAUUUUUAAGGACAUUUUAUUUCUACUUUUAGCUUAAAAAUACAUGCUCAAAAUCACUUCUACUGACAAGAAGAUUUUUUAAAAUCACAGAAUCAACACUUCUCUCAAGCCUGAUUUAAGCUAACACACUUCUGUUACAUAAUUAAACUAUUUCUUGAAACAACAACAGUAUUUUACAACCAGUCUCUUCCCAGUUCUAAACUCAGCGACAGUAUUACCACAUCACCUGUCUACUGAGACGUAAGUGUCGCUCCUCGAACACCAAGGUCAUUGCUUAGACUUGUAUAUAAGAUGCUGUGUAGACCAUUGGUGUAAGUGUUGGAAGCAUUGCCUUUUGCUGCUGUGUUCUGCAUCGACCCUAGUUUUUCUCUCCUCCCAUGAAUGUAGCAUCAUUCAUAGAUUAUACAUAACUACGUGUGUUGCUUUUGGCAGUAAAUCAAGAUCUAGUUGUAAUUUUCCAGCUGUGAAAAUGUCACCUUGUAUUUAAAAGGGUUUCAUGAGUGGAAACCUAAGUAAAUAAGCUCAUUAGUGACAGCCCUGCUUUUUCAUGUCCCCAUUACCAUCCUACCCACUCCUGCUGCAUCCAACCCCCACCCCAUGUGAGUGCUUAUUCUUGACAAGGAGAAUCUUAAAUGAAAAAUAAAAAGGAAGACUUGCUGACGCUAAGUAUCUAUAGUAACUGUUACACUAAAGCUUUUGCUUUCCUGGAUAGUGUUACUUCCCCUAAAACAUAAAAGCAGCUUACCUUGGAUUAGGGAAGCAGGCGUAAACUCCUUGCCAUCUGUGUGCUCAUCUUCCUGAAGGUGCAGUAGGUGUCACUCGUGUAUGGGUGAGGUGUGAGCAUGCCCAGUCAUUUGAUCUCUUUCCAACAGAGGGAAAGACUGCACUGCAAGCUCCUAGUGGUGCUGGAGAGGGUCUGUCAGCACAUACCGAAAGCCCCCAUUUUCACAGAUCUAUAACUUUAAUAAUCCAGAUGCUGUCCUUGGAAGUAUUUAAUAUGCAAUAGGUAGCACCUUCACUAAUUAAUCUGCAUAUGAAGGGCUUCCUGAUGUAUUUAAUAAGAUGUGUAGAAGUUCUUCAAGCAUUAAACUAAAGUUGACGUUUUAUUUCAUUUACUUUUCUCUGUCAAAAAAAAAAAAAAUCAACCCUUACAAUGAACUUGAAAUCUGUUACCUAAUGGUACAUUUGAGCCUUUUAAUUUCUGGAGCUUCUAGAUUGUAUGUAUUGUGAGGAAUAAAAAAAGAUGCUGCAGAUCUACAAAUGUUCCUAGCAAGUGUUUGAAUGAUGUAAGCAUUAUUUAUAAUCGAAGAGUAUUACCCCUACCUUCUUAAGUAAAUGCUUAGUAACUCAUAUACAUUUUUGCAGGUACAAAAGUAUAUAAACAUUGUAUAAUGUGACAGUUGUAUAAUUUAUGUAAUCUGAUGCAUGAGUCAGAAUUUUUAUAUAUGAUAAUUGAUUUGUUAUAGUUGAUUAAAGUGUUUAAACUUAA